CAGACAUGAGAGGCUGUGAGAGAAAGAGAGCAAGAGAUGGCGAAGCUGUCUGAGAAAGGUUAACAUGACUGAGUGUGUGAGUGAGUGAGUGAGUGAGUGAGCAGAGUGGGAGUGCAAAAAUGUAAAAGUGAGUAGGAGGGAAGAGAGAGACAGAGAGAGAGAGAGAGAAGAGAGGAGAGAAGGAGUGUCUGGUGAGCUCGUCUGGAUGCCUCUGCUCAUUCUGCUUUCUCACCUGGAGUCUGCGAGCAGAACAUCGGCCACACAGGUGUGUGGGGAGUGACUGGUGGACAUGCAGCACAAAGACUAGAGCCACCGAAGUGUUCGGGAAGCAACAUAUCAGGGGGGGACCCGGGAUGUGUCACAGUUCCCAAGAGGCCGAUGGAGGUUUUGACCCGUGACCCCCAAACCACCUCGAUCUCGGCAGAAGGCCAUGCGUCGCUGGAGUGAAUGACGGCGCUUUGAGGCCAUGAGCUUCACAACAAGCCCAGCUCUGGUCCCGGACAGGGACAGCCUCCCGUUUAAAAAGAGAGACCAAAGAGUGAGCUCCCCUCUGCAGCAGCAGAGGCAGCAGCUGCAGUGUGACGCCACAAACUUCAAGGCCCCCUAUCCGUACAAGAGCCACGGUGAUUUAAAGACGAAACACAUGGGUCUGUUCCGACCUGUGCCGAGGCGGGUCACAGCCCUGUACCAACCCUGGAUGCACACGCAGCCCCCUCCUAGGGCCAAACUGCAAAUCCCGUCUGCUUUCAGGGAGCACCACGGCUGGGCGGAGUGGAGAGAGUUCAGUCCUCUGCCUCCUGUGUGGGACUUCUCCCAUCAGUACCACCUGCAGAGCCAUUUAUCUGGGACACGGGCUCACCCCUCAGGACAUCCACACUAUCUCUCUAGAUUCAACGCCGGCUCUCUGGUCCCUGAGGGCGCCCACAGAGCGGGCGGAGGCUGGGAGCGGCUCAAGACGUUGAAAGAGAAAGCGCACGGCGCACAUAAAGGCCCGUACGCGAGGAGAGGAGAGAGAAGAGCCGAGGAUUUACACAGGGAUGAAAAAGGGGCCGCUUACCUACCUCAUUCCAGACACGAGGGCGCUCCCUUCAAGCCAAAUGCAUCGUUCAAAUCAACAAAAGCCAUAUCUGCGUCUGCGCAAUCCCCCAUCAGAGAGUGCCCCGACAACUCCAACGGCACAUGCACUUCCACGACAGGAGCCAAGCAGAGCGCCUCCCCUAAUCACUUCCCCUGGCUGCUUCCCCACUUUGUUGCAGGAUCUCUGAUCGAGCUCCGAGACGGGCGGCUGAGGAGGGUGGAGAACCUGCAGACCGAGGACUUUCUGCUCGGCUCCCUGGCCUGUCCAGACCUGCGCCUGAGCUGCUGCACGGUGCAGAGCAUCUCCCCGUCGGCCUCGUCCACCUCCGUCUCCCGCCUCCUCAUCCUGCUUCACGAGCAGCGGUCCCAGGAGCUGGUCGACGUGUACGUGGAGUACCCAUUCUUUGUGCGCGGACAGGGCUGGUCAUCCUGCAGCCCUCAGAGGACGGCUCGUCUCUGUGGCCUGCAGUGCCGGCAGCUCAGCGUGGGAGACGUCUGCUUGGCGCUCACGCCCGUCUCUGCUCCCAAGCCACCACUCUCAGACUCCCCGGGGCCAAAGACUGCACCCAGACAGUCGGAGGACAGUUCUAGCUCUGAUUCCCCAAAGGCAAACGCUGCCAUGCGCAGUCCGGUUCCACCUGAGCUAAAGGAGCUUGCAGCGGAGCAAAUAACAGGGGUCAAGGUAUCCCGCAGGAGGCACUAUUCAGCCCCGUGA